AUGGCGUCUACUUCGGUUCCAGCAGCAGAAGUGGAAAAGUUAAACCCAACAAAAGAGCCAAAUUGGCUUGAACUUCCGAGAGAUGUGACACUAAACAUCCUCCAGAGGCUUGGUACUGUUGAAAUAAUCACAAGUGCAUGUCUAGUGUGCCCUUCAUGGUGGAAUAUCUGCAAAGAUCCUUACAUCUGGCGCACCAUUCAUGUGUCCAAGUUUGGCUAUCCACGCUACAGCCUCGUGGAUUUGGAGAAGAUGUGCCGCCUUGCAGUACAGCGCAGUUGUGGUCAACUAGAAGACAUUUACAUUGAUUUCAUUGGAACAGAUGAACUCCUUGAAUACAUAGCUGAUAGAAAUCUCUCAGAUAUAGGAUUUAUUGGAGCAGUUAAGAAGCUUCCACUGUUAGAAGAACUCUACGUUUCAGAAAAUUAUAAACUUUCUAGGUUUUUUUAUGUAGCUGCUGGUCUAUGUUGCCCUUUUUUGAAAUCACUGUCGUAUGGCAGGAUGGUUUCUGUUGAGGGCUUCAUCGAGGUGGAUGAUGAGGCGUUUGUUAUCGCAAAAACAAUGCCGGGAUUACGCAGUCUUAAAAUUGAUGGAGAUGUGCUAACUUCUGAUGGAAUUGUUGCUAUUCUUAAUGGAUGUCCUCUUCUUGAAUCUCUUGACAUGGCAUUAUAUUAUUCUAUGGAAUUGGAAGAAAGUUUCAAUGAAAGUUUGAGGAAAAGGUGUUGUGAGCAAAUAAAAAAAUGUAUACUUCCUAUGUUUUUACAACCCUGCACUUUUUUAAAAAAUGAUUCUCAUUGCGACACUUCAAGUGAAGAUUUCGAUGGAUCUGAUGAUGGAAGUAACUUGGAGUAUUAUCUUGGUCAAUUUUUAUCUUUAGAUGAAAAUUAG